CAUAUUUACCUUUUCCCAAUUCAUUUAAAAAAAAGCUUCUUCUUCUUGGUGGAGAACCUCAAGUGAAUAGUCACCAUGUGGGAGUUCCGGUCCAUGAAUUUUUGGCGGGCAGUCUUUGCAGAGUUCUUCGGGACCAUGUUCUUCGUCUUUUUUGGCAUGGGCGCCGCUCUGCGCUGGACCACGGGGCCUCAUCAUGUUCUUCAUGUGGCCCUGUGCUUUGGGUUGGCGGCUGCCACCCUUAUCCAGUCCAUCGGCCACAUCAGCGGCGGCCACAUUAACCCUGCUGUCACCUUUGCCUACCUUGUUGGCUCUCAGAUGUCUCUUUUCCGUGCCAUCUUCUACAUAGCUGCCCAGUGCCUGGGUGCUGUAGCUGGAGCCGCUGUGCUGUACGGGGUCACGCCAGGCAACAUGAGAGGCAACAUGGCAAUGAACACGCUGCAACCUGGCAUCAGUCUGGGAAUGGCCACUACUGUGGAGGUGUUCCUUACCAUGCAGCUGGUGGUGUGUAUCUUUGCUGUAACUGAUGAGAGGAGGAAUGGACGCCUGGGAUCUGCUGCCCUCUCUAUUGGCUUCUCUGUCACCAUUGGACAUCUCAUGGGGAUGUACUACACUGGUGCCGGAAUGAACCCUGCCAGGUCCUUUGCCCCCGCUGUGCUCUUCAGGAACUUCAUCAACCACUGGGUGUACUGGGUUGGACCCAUGAUAGGAGGUGCCAUGGGCGCCCUCCUGUACGAUUUCAUGCUGUUCCCACGCAUGAGGGGUCUGUCCGAGCGCCUGGCCACACUGAAGGGCAGCCGACCCCCCGAGAGCGAGAACCAGCAGGACACCCGCGGGGAGCCCAUCGAGCUCAAGACGCAAGCCCUAUAA